AUGCUAACACUUGAACUGCUCAAGCUUGGGAUACUGACACUUGAACUUCUCGAGAUUGGGAUGCCAAUAUUUGAACUAUUUAAGCUUGGGAUGCUAAUACUUGAACUGCUCAAGCUUGGGAUACUGACACUUGAACUUCUCGAGAUUGGAUCUUGGAUACUGACAAAUGAACUACUCAAACUUGGGAUGCUAACACUUGAACUGCUCAAGCUUGGGAUACUGACACUUAAACUUCUCGAGAUUGGAAUGCCAAUAUUUGAACUAUUUAAGCUUGGGAUGCUAACACUUGAACUGCUGAAGCUUGGAUACUGA